ACAAGCAAGCCAUUUGACUCAUGUAAAAGCAGCGACGUCACCAGGUACCCCACCACCCCUCUACCAGCAACAUCUCCAACAACGCCGCCGUCAACACACGCCCCUCAUCAUCACACAGCACAUCAAAACAUGGCCGAAUCAACAAAUCCCGACCCGGGCGCCAAAGCCCCAGCCUUCAUCCCUCUAGAAGCCAACCCUCAGCUCAUGACGGAGCUUAUCCACAAGCUCGGCGUCGGCCCAUCGCUCGCCAUGCACGAUGUUUACUCCCUUACUGAACCCGACCUGCUGGCCUUCAUCCCGCGUCCAGCUCUCGCUCUUCUCCUCGUGUUCCCCGUCAGUGCUGCCUACGAGUCCCACCGCAUGGCAGAGGACAGUAUCACCGAGGCCUACACUGGCAAGGGCGAGCAAGAGCCCGUCCUCUGGUGGAAGCAGACUAUCCGCAACGCAUGUGGCAUGAUGGGUUUACUCCAUGCUGUAUGCAAUGGCGCAGCUCGUGAUUUCAUCGAACCGGAUACGACACUCGACAAGCUCAUCAACGAGUCCACGCCGCUCGAUCCUGUCCAGCGCGCCAGACUUCUCGAGGCUACGCCUGCUCUAGCUAGUGCGCACAAAGAAGCCGCUUCACAAGGCGACACCACUGCCCCUGAUGCCCAGGAUGACAUUGAUCUGCACUACGUCUGCUUUGCCAAGGGCAGCGACGGUGCUCUCUGGGAGCUUGAUGGGCGUCGAACAGGACCUAUUCGUAGAGGAGAGCUCGGCCAGGACGAAGAUGUCCUCAGCGAGCGCGGCCUUGCGCUUGGUGCGCUCAAGUUUUUGGAACGUGAGGGUGGUGAUUUGCGCUUCAGCGCUGUUGCGUUGGCUGGUGCAAUGGACUAAUUCAUAGCAAAUAUCGUAAAAUACAAACUAUUGG